AUGUUCGUCCCACUGGUUUUCGCGGUUCUGUUGGCCUUCGCGAGUGCGAAUCCCGAACCGGGACUUUUAUCUGCGCCACUGGCCUACAGUGCUCCCUUGGCGCUUGCGGCUCCGCUUUCGUAUGCUGCCACACCGAUUGCUGCACCGGCAGCACAAGUAUUCCGGACGGCUGCUCCACUUGCAGCUCCAGUUGCUUAUGCGGCUGCUCCAUUUGCCGCCCCGGUAGCACCAGCAUUUCAGGCUGCUCCAGUUGCUGCACCCUUAGCUGCGGUGGCGCCGCUUUCCUAUGCAGCAGCUCCAGUCGCCAAAGUAGUAGCACCCGCCAUCUCCUACGCUACACCUGCAGUAUUUUCGGCCGCACCCCCAAUAGCACCAGCUAUCGCUGCAAGAACUCCAGUUGUAGCGCCUGCUGCCGUACCGGCGCUUGCAGCUCCGGCAAUCUUCCCCGCUCUGGCUAGAACACCAUUUGUAGCACCGCUGCCGAAUGCCGCCGUGGUGCCAAACGUACGGACAGCACCUGCGCCCGCAGCGCCGUCCAAUCCAGCGGUUGCCGAUGCCUUUGCCGCCAGAUUAACUGCUGCGCCAGCUCGCAGUGCUGCUGCUGGAAACCGAAAUGCUGCUGCCCAACCUGCCCGGUUAUCAACGACCUACGGAGUACCUCCACAAGCUAGAUCGAACAAUCAGUAA